CAGCUCUUUGCUGUUGGUUUCCAUGGCCGUGAGAUCAACCAGGAAAUCACCACUCUGAUACGCGACUACGGCGUCGGGGCAAUCGUCCUGUUCAAGCGCAACGAAAACGGCCUCGUCACUCGCAUUUCGCCGCCCAUUGCCUCCCAGCAGCCUGGGCCGAUGACUCUUGGCGCCGCCGGAUCCUUAGAGUAUGCGUAUGAGGUUGCAAAGGCCACGGCGGAGAUGCUGCGGUAUUUCGGUAUAAACAUGAACUAUGCGCCUGUUGGCGAUGUCAACUCAGAGCCACUUAAUCCUGUAAUUGGCGUUCGAAGUCCCAGCGACCAGGCAGAGACGGUGUCUAAGUUUGCAGCAGCUUGCACAAAGGGCUUGAGGGAGCAUAAGGUCGUGCCGUGCAUCAAGCAUUUUCCUGGUCAUGGCGAUACAGCCGUUGACUCUCACUAUGGAUUGCCAGUCAUCAACAAAUCAAGAGCCGAUAUGGAGAAGCUGGAGUUGAUCCCCUUCCGCGAUGCUGUUGCCGACAACAUUGAGAUGGUCAUGACUGCUCACAUCUCUCUGCCACAACUAGCAAAGGACGGUCUCCCUGCCACGCUAUCGCCAGAUACAAUUGGAAUCCUGAGAAACGAGUGGAAGUAUGAAGGAGUCAUUAUGACAGAUUGCCUGGAGAUGGACGGCAUCCGCGCCACUUACGGUACCGUUGAGGGCUCGCUGAUGGCAUUCCAGGCUGGCGUCGAUAAUGUCAUGAUAUGCCAUACUUUUGAUGUGCAAGCGGCGGCUGUCGACUACAUCUGCGGCGCCAUCGAGAGUGGAAAGCUGUCCCAAGAGCGUGUGGACCAGUCAUUGGAACGCCUCCGGAAGCUCAAGGAGAGAUACACGAACUGGGAUAUUGCUCUCCACGCAGAGCCACCAGAGGCACUGGAAGCGAUUAACGAGAGGGGAGAGAAGCUCGCCCGUCAGGUAUACGCAGACGCGACGACGCUUGUCCGGGCACAAGAGGGCCUUUUGCCCCUCAAAGCAACUGCAAAGAUUGCUUUUGUCUCUCCCGGGCCCGACGUGCCCAUCGGAGGAGCCGUCGAUAGCGGAACCUUGCCCACCCGCGUUCCUUGGAUUGCCGAUACUUUCGGAGAGCAGAUUCGCAAGAGAGCGCCCGAGAUGUCAGACGUGCGAUUCACCAGUUCUAACUUGACGGAAGAACAGUGGGAACAAAUUGACGAGGCCGACGUCGUCAUCUUAGCCACUCGCAACGCCCGUGAGUCGAAAUACCAGAAGGAGCUUGGUCUUGAAGUUGCCAAGAGACGGGGGUCGCGGCCAUUGAUCUCAAUCGCAACGUGCGCGCCUUAUGACUUUCUGGAUGAUGAAGAAAUCCGCACGUAUAUUGCCGUGUAUGAGCCUACUGUCGAAGCGUUUUCGGCGGCGGUUGAUAUUUUGUUUGGGGAUGCACAGCCAAGAGGAAAGUUGCCAGUGGCUCAUUGA